AUGAUUUUACUUUUCGCAUUAAUUACAUAAAUCAUAGCAGGUAUGUGAAUUUAGUAAAUUCAUAGAUUUCAUAUACCCUGAUCGUGCAAAUCCAAUUGUACCUUAUAGGAAUAAUGAAGAUGCUUAUACUUUUUACGAUAUUUUCUUAUCAGUGAGUACAAGAAUUGCUUCAAAUGGAAGAUUAUAAAUAACUUUUCCUUAGGAAUUUGAUGGAACAUAACUACGUCUAUUACAGGAUGACAUAAUGGGGGUAAGGAUGUUUUAAUAAUAUAAAAAUAGGCAGCUAAUAUAGACAAGGAAUGUUACAUAGAAUACACAUUUUCAACAACGACAAAAUGCAUACCAUAUGUUGAGCCUCCAGUGACUAUACCAGCAACAAAUUAUUAUACAGCUAGCAAUAGAACUAUUACAAUAUUUUUUGGAUCAGAACCUCUAAAUGCUGGAAGCUAGAAGGUCAGAAUAAAAUAUAACAAAAAUCCAGUAGGAUUAGGAGGGAAAUCUAGUGGUUUUUUAUAAAUAAUCACUUUACGAGAUACUGUUCCUGUUGAUUAGAAUUUAAAUUUUGGGACAGUUGGCUUCGCUCCUGUGUAUGAAAAACAUACUUUAGGUAAGAAUAAUAAUAAUAUCAAUUAGCAUCUGAAGGUUAAAUAAUAAAUGAUGGUUCAAAAUUAGGAGGUUAUGUUACAAAUUAUGUUAUUUAAUUUACUACUAAAAUAGAUUUAGUAAAAGGAUGUUGGUUUAGAGCUGAAAUAGCAGAAGGAUUUGAUAUAUCAAAUGUAGAAUGCGUAUUGGUAGAUACAUAAUAAGAUUUAAAUUGUUAAGUAGAAGGAAGAAGAAUAUACUUUAGUGCCAUAAAUGCAGCAUUACCUAAAGGUUAGCAUAAAGUAAAAUUGAAGAAUGUUAUAAACCCAUCUGCAUCUGGUAAUUCAGACCCAUUCAUCUUUGAAACAUUAGAACCUCUAGUUAAUACAGUUAUAGAAUAUUUCAAUGUAGGAGUAACAUCAAUAACACCUGGACAGAUUAUUAAUCCAUCAAUUGCUGGAGCACCAUUAAAUUAGAAUUUAAGAAUAGAUUAUACAAUUAAAUUUACUCCAUAAAAUAAGAUCCCUUACCCUGGAAAAAUAGACUAUAUAUUUCCAAGUCUGUAAUAGACCUUUCCAAACGGCUCUACGGUUAUUUAUAAAUUUACUUUGGAUCCUACAUGUAGAAUAAUAUCUGGUUUGUCAUAAAAUGGAACAACUCCGAUAUCUUGUGUAACAAGUGGUCAAAAUAUAACAAUUUCAGAUUUUGCUUCAUUUUCACCCUAAGAAAUUACUCUUAAAAUUUUUGCAGUAAAUCCACCAGUUUCAAAAUUAUAUCAAUAUUGUUAAAUUUACACAUAUUCAACUUUUGGAAAGGUUCCAGUAAUAAGUGGUUCAAGUAGCAAUUAUAAAGGAAUCGAUUAAAACGUUGAAGCAGGAUCUAUUUAAAUUUCUGAAAUACAGAGUCCUUACUUUGUUGCAAUAGAUUUAUAUAAAUAAAUGCAAAAUAUUUCUUUAGAUAAAACAGGACCAUUAGACUUUCGAUUAUAUCCAAUGCCUACAAAAUAAUUAAAAUUGACUACUUCACCAACAAGUUAUGGAAGUGUAUAUUUUUAGAUUCCUUUAUGGUGGAGAAUGAGUGGAUAACAAUUUAGUGGUUGGAAUGUGGUUGGUAGCACUCCAACUUGUAAUUUUGGAGCAGAAAUAGCAGCAACAUGCAACUAUUAUUUAUAAAGGUUUAGUUUUAAAACUGCUAUAUCAACUGAUUAUUUGAAAUAUGAUCCAUAGACAGGACUCAGUAAUUGUGAUUUACCUAUUUCAGUGGCUGUAUCUUAGAUUACACCAAUACCUGGAAGAUUUGAUUUUAGAGUGUUAACAUUCAAUGAUGGUGUGUAUAAUACAUUUGAUUAAGUACCAUUGGAAUAAGAUUUAUAUACAAUGGAAAUAGCAGCUGAUUAAUUUGUACCACCUAAAACUUAUAUAAAAUGUACAUCAGUUGAUUAGGUUGAUGCUGAUAUGGUAUGUUAUUCAAAUGUGGUUGUGAUAUUGCCCAUCCCUUAUGAAGGAGCAAUUAAUUUUAAUAUGAGUACAGUAAAUUCAACAUAUGAGUCAUCAGCUGCAUGGCCAAAUGAUUUGGGAUUUGGAUUAGGUAAUGAUGCAAAGAAAAGGAUUCCAUGUUUUGUUAGUAUAAGACCCAGUCAUCCUAAUGUUUAAUGUUGGGUGUUUUCUGGAGGAACUAUAAGAAAAUAUGCAAUUUUAUAGGUACGUGGAUUUAGUUCAAGAAUAAAUACUGGGACAAAUAUUUUUGUAGUAAUUCCAAAUGUGAAAUCUUGUACUGCCUUUGAUAUGUAAUGUUUUGUAACAGUUUCAUCAGCUUGGACAACUGAAUUGGAUGAACCAUAUACAAUGAAUUAUUUAAAAUAAUCAGUAGGAUUUAUAAAAUAGGGAGAUGUUUAUAAAGAUGUAACUACAAGUCCUCCAUUAUUAGCUAAAGAUGUUUAAGAUAUAACAUUGGAAGCAACAUUUUAAGCAACACGAAAACAAAUAUGUGAAUUAACAACUUGGACAUUAAAAUUUUAACACACAGAAGUGAUUACUUCUUGUUCAACAGGAACUACAAAUUAUCCUUAUUGUCCAAAUUCAACUCCAGAUCAUAUAUUAAUUAAGUUUGCUGAUAAAACAAGAUUUCCAAAUUAAUUUGGAGUAUCAGUCACUAGUCCUCAUGGAUCAGUAUUUUUAAUUGAUCAUUUUCUUACAGGUGAGUAUUAUUAUUUUAUAAUUGUAAAUGCUGGAAAUAUAGCUGCAAAUAGUCCUGUAUAAUUAGUUAAUAUUUAUAAUCCAAUAAUAUAUACUCCUGGAGUAGAUAUAAAAUUAAUAUAUUGGAAUUAAAACAGGAAAAUUAAAAGAAUAACCUUCCCAACUUCAGCCAUUUUUGUAGAUGGUGGUAUAUUAGGUCCACCUGUAUUUGAUAUUUUACCAAAAACUUCAGUAGGAAUGAAUGCUGAUAGAUCUUAAGCUGUUGAUAUGGAUUUCGAUUCAUGGAUUAUAUUUAGAGCAACAUUUACUACUUGUCAUAAGAUUCCUGCAAAUGGCUUAGUAGAAUUAGAAGUUUAAAAUGGAUUAGUUGAUUACACUCCAACAUGUAAUGUUUGGUCAGGAGUCACAAGUCCACCUAAAAGAAUAGGAAAUACUCAUGAAUGUAAUUUAGUAGAUGUUGGUGGAAUUAAAUAUUAUUAAUUAACAAAAUUCAAUGAAAUUCCUGUUUUAACAUAAUUUACAUUAUCAUUUAGAGGUAAAACUGGAUUAACUGCAACACCAACACCUGCAGCCCCUAUUAGAAUAUAAACAUAUUUUGAUGCUACAAUUCCAACUACUACAGCUUCAAAUGUUGAUAAUUUUUAUAACACUGGUUAUAAUGGAAUUUUAACAGGUAUUGAUAUUACAGGUCCAAAACGUUUUCCACCAAAAUUAGAAUGGAUGGAUUUCAUAAUUAUAAAUGAUAAAGCUAGAGAAGGUACAAGAGGUGAAUUUUAUAUGCAUGUUAAGACAAAUCAUAACAUACCAAGUUAUACAUCAAAUUCAGCUCCAAGAUUAGUAUUUACUUUUAAUACAACUGGUAUAUCUAUGCCACCAGGAGGUAUUCCACAUUGUAGAUUGGAUGGUCAUUUAGCCAGAUAUUGUACUUGGGCAGGUGGAGUUAUGACUAUGGCUAUGCCAUUAAAUCAUGGAAUGGUAGCUAAUUAAGAACAUUUAGUAAUGUUAAGUACUAGAGGUGCUGAUUAUUCAGCAACAUAUUAAGAAGGAUUACAUCAUAAUAGAGCAGGAACUUAUAAAUUAAGAGUAGACACAGUUAAUACUGGAACACCUCAAUUUAUUCGAAAAGUCAUGAUAAUAGAUCCACCUAAAUUUAGAGUAUUUUGGGUUUGGUCAGCUAAUAAAGUUGGUUAUGAUCCUAUUACACCUUCAGCUACUCUUUAAGGAAUGUCUGUUUAUAGAUUAUAUUUUACUAAUACCAUAACUAUUCCACCUUCUGAUAAUCCUGAUCCAAUCUCUAUUAUUGUACUCUUUCAUAGAACUAUUUGGCCUACUUUUACAAAUGGAUUUGAAUAAGAUUUAGGAACAGGAUUACCUCAUAGAACAUAAUUACCUUGUAUUUAAAUGGGUUUUUCAUUAUUACCUGGAAUUACUCAAUUAAAAUGUAGAUUAUUUUAUGGUAGUUAUCCAAAUCCAACAAAAGUAAUUAUUACAGAUUUUGAUUAAAUAAAUGUAAAUACCAAUAGUGAAAUACAUUUACCAAAUAUUUUUAAUCCUAAUUCAACUUAUGAAUUAACUAAGAUCACAAUUCAAGUUUAAAGAACUGAUGCCAUAACAGGUACAAGUGAACUUAUUUUAUCAUCUGAUUAUGAUUUAAUUAAUGGUACUUUUGGAAGAACUAAAGAAUAGCCUGGCUUUAAUAAAUUAGCUGUUGAUAUUCCUGCAUUAAUUUAAGAUGAUUUAUAAAAUGUAUGGCCUACAGCAGUAAAUCCUUUCUUCUCUGUUACAACAAUUGAUACUGUAGCAACACUAACAUUAGAAUAUGGAAGCAAUGAUUACGAUAUGGGUGGAGGUGCUGAUAUGAUUCUAUUUGAAAUUCCACCUAAUUGGGAUUUACCAUAUGGAUAAAUCACUUGUUCUUUUCCUGCUGGUAAUAUUUGUUAUUCUUAUCCUUUGGGUCCAUAUAUUGGAUUAUAUCCAGAUAGUGGAAUUUCAGCAACUUAAUUAUAAACUGGUUCUGUUACAAUUAAAACACCACCUUUUAAAGUAUUAGUAGCAACCUCAGAUCCACCAAUUAAAAUCUUUGUUUUCACUCGAUCUAAAUUAGUUUAUGUUUAUAAGAUUGAUUUUAUUCAAGUUUUAGAUGCAGUUUAAGUGUUCCCUACAGUGACAUGCACAUUUUGUUUUUAUGAGACUAUAACUGAUUAUACAAUUACAGUAACAAAUACAAAAAACAUACCUACUCAAGGUGCAAUAACAAUUAAAAUACCUACUGGGUUAAUCAUAAGAGAAAAUGGUUGCAGAAAUGAUGUUUCAGGAGGAUCAGUAUUAUCUAAAGUUGGAUUUGAAUGUGCUUAUGAUGGUGCUAAUAGUUAACUUCUAAUAACUGGAUUUAAUAAAUUUAUAGGUCCUGGAAAAAUUUAAAUAAAAGUUAGAAUGGAGAAUCCUGAUAAUACAGUAACUAUAACAGAAAAAUGGGAAUUCAAGACAUGGUAUUUAAAUGAAAAUCCAUUAAAUAAAUUGGUCACAUAUGGAGAAGCUAAUUAACCAGCAUUAGAUGUUGCGACUGAUAUUGAAUAUUGGGAUACUCCAUAUAGAAGUAGAGUAAGAGGAAGAUCAACUCUUUAUGGAUCUAUAGAAUUUAGAAUUAAUUUAUAAAAUGAUCUUGCAGCAGGAGAUAUUCUUUAUAUCAAAUUUCCUACUCUUUUUAAUAAGGUUAGAUGCUCUUAAUAUUUAUGUUUAUGGGAUGAUACACCAUGGUUUGAUAAUCAUAAUGAUAAUUUUUUGACAGCUGAAAAAUGCUUAUAUGAUAAGACAAAUAGAAUCUUAUCUAUGUACACUCCAAAAGAUACUAUAAUAAAAAAAGAUACUCUUUACAGAGUUAUUAUUGAUACUUAAAAUUCAAUUGAUGGAAGUAGAGGAUUUGAAUUACCAGAUAUGAAUACUUAUAUCUUUGAUGUUUACACAACUCUUGAAUUAAAACACAGUGACAUAUUUAUUCCAUAAUUUAAGGCAUUUAAAUAUUUUGAAGCAAUUUCUCUGAUUACAAGUAUGAACUCUAAGAACAUGAUGGUGGUUAGAUUCAACAUUCCUUUUCCUGUCACUAUACCAGCUUCAUCAGGAUCAUUUGCAGGAGGGUACUUAAAAUUAUAUUUCCCAACUCUUUCGGAAGAAUCAGAAUAUCUAUAUUAAGAUGAUUUAGGAACUGGUAAAAAAAAUGGAGAUUCCAUUUAAUGUUAUGCUAGAAAUGGUUUUCCUGCUUCUACAGUUCUAGAAUGCAAAUUAUAUCAUGGCAAUAGAGUUUUAGGAUAACAUGCCUACAUAUUAAUUUAAGGAUGGACAGGUGAUUUAGGAACUGAUCCAUCUUUCACAACAGGAUAUUAGGAACUCUUCUCUAGAGUAAGUAGUCCCCCAUGGACGGGAACUGAAAAAUACUUUGAAUUUGAUAUUGAUUAAUUUUAUACUCCUGAUCUACUUGGAGAUGACAAACACAUUGAAAUGAGACUAGAAUCCUAUUCAACUAAUACUCUCCAAUUGUAAAGCUUUUCCUAUGAUAUGACUUUAAAACAUUAUACUCCUACUACUGGAUCAUUACCAAAACCGACAAAAUCCUCUAGUACCUUAUUUGAUCAAUCUGUUACAUUUGAUUUAAAAAUGUAAUCAACAAUCUAAUUAAAGAACUCUGAAGAAUACGAUUUCUUCAUCUUUGAAUAUACUUAACCUUAUUUUGAUCCAUAACCAUAAAAUGUUCAAUGUGAAUCAGGAUCUGUUUAUGUUUGUAGAGUAUCUUAAGGGAACAAUUGGAUUGUUGUUAAACCUUUAAAUACUAUAUAAGCUCAAGCAAAUCUUAAAUUCAAAAAUAGUAAUAAUCCUAUUUAAGUUCCUACUACUGGUAUUGUUUGUAAAGCAUAUGCAGUUAAAGAUAGAAUUAUUACUUCUAUUUACACUUAUGCAGCAAUAAAUGAUUAUGCUUUACCAGCUUUAGCUGCAACUGCUUACAAUACUAUUGUAACACCAAUUGAUUAUGCAGAUAAUACUACUAUACCUAAAAGUACUUAAAUAAGAGUAAGAGUUGAAAUCACUAUUCCAACUCAAUCAAUUACUUUACCUUAUGGUUCAAUUAUAGAUAUCUUUUUACCAAGUGGUUUCUUAGCUUAUGAUUACUCUCUAAGUACACCAGAUACUAAUGCUAAAUUUUCUACAGUUGACAAUCUUCAAACAAGUGUUGUAGCAUCUUCUGCAAUUACUGGUUACACAGGAAGACCACAGCUUACUAUUACUGGAUGGGAACCUAUCAAAGUAGGAGAAAAAAUUAUAUUUGAAACAUAUUGCAAAACUUCAUCUGCAGCUUUAAGUCCUGCUCUAUGGAAUUUCAAAGCUUGGAGAGAUGCAGGUAGAACAAUUGAAUUGUGGACUUCAACUGCAUCUGCAUUUAAUGUUUAGUCUUAUGCAUCUUUUAAAACACUUGAAUGGAAGACCAAAGACCCUACUGUAGCAAGAAAGAAUUAAGUUUCUCCAUUGAGUUUUCAUAUAUCUUUCAAAACAACUCCAACUGCUAAUACUAAAAUUACUAUUAGUUUCCCAGUUCUAGCAACUGUUUCUGUUCCUCCUGAUGCUGUAUUAUAUUGUACUAUAGAAGGAACAACAGGAUUAAUUCACAAAUUUGCUUAUUGUUAUGGAACUAAUUCUUUAGAUAUCAUCAUGUAGAUGCCAGUCUCUCCUGUUACAUUUGUAGCUAAUACUCUAUAUAAAAUUACAAUUAGUUCAAGAGGUAAUAGUAUAAAUCAUGGAUUACUUUUUGGUGCUAGUGGAGUAUUUAGUGCUACACUUACAUAAGAUAAUGGAGAUGCAGGAACAUUAAAAUUUGAAAUAUUACCAACCGAAUAAUUUGCAUCUUCUUAAUUAAGAAUUGUAAAUUCAGGAAUUAAGUCUUCUGGAUUCACAGAAACAGCCUUGUUAUUCUCAUUUACUACUUCAGUUUUGAUUCCUAAAUCAGGUAAAAUAGUUAUUGCUUUUCCCAAUUUUGCUAUUGAUGACACUACAGUAUUAUUCUAAGAAAAUAUUAUAUAAUCUGUUGUUUAUAAUAGUGGUGAUUUAUAUCCUGGAUGUUAUUCAACUAAUUUAGUUUUAUAUAACAACGGUUUAAAUUGUAGAAUCUUUAAAAACUCAGGUGAUUAUGCUUAAACCUUAAUUGUUAUCUAAUCAUUUGUGAAUGAUAUUGCAAGUGGAACAAGUUUAUAAAUAGCAAUUGAAUAAGUGACUCUACCUACAUCUGCUGCUUCAGCCGAUGUCUUUUUGUAUACUGCAGAUUUAAGCAAUACAAAACUAGAGGCAUAAAUUUUCUAUGAUGCUGUUAAUCCUUUAGUUUUGGGUGGUGCUGCAAUGACAUCAACAGUAGAAUCUACAAGUUCAACAGUAUAAGCUAAUACAGUAUUUACAUUUAAAAAUGUUAAUUUUGGUACAACUGCCUUAAGUGGCUAUUCUUAAAUAGCUUAUAGAUUUCCAGCUGGUUAUUAUGACAUAUCAAGUGCAACAGUUUCUGGUGGAACAUGUGCCACAACAAGUAAUUUAGAAAAAUAUGCACAUUGGAUAAUAUAAAGAUUUACAGCUGGUACUGCAUGUACUGGUAACAAGGAGGUUGCUUUCUCCAAUAUAGUUUAAGUAAAUAGUGUUGUUGCUACUCUUUCUAAAUUAACUUUUCAAAUAUACACAUGUUUAACUAGAGUAUGUUCCUAUUCUACAACUUCUACUCAACCAACUACUGCAUUUACUGCGGCUUCUCCAGGAAGUUUAACAGGUGUUGCUCCUAUAGAUGCAAGAUAUUUCCCAUAUUCAUUUAUUAAAUUUGAACUCACAUAUACUUGUUCAGGUCACAAUAUCCCUAUGGGAGGAUAAGUGAUAUUAGAAGUAGAUUCAACAAAGUUUUAGAUUUUUAGAAUGGAAUUAAAAUCAGGAGGAAUAACUUCAGUAGGCUACACUAAUGCUGCAGGAACAUCUACCACUUUUACUUUAUUGUCAUCAUACUUAAAAGCUUAAGCAUCUAUUAAGUUUGAUGUUUAUGGAUAAUUACCAUCCAGCAUAGGAGCAUCAGGAACUACUACAUUCACUUUCUCAUUAAAAAAUAGAUAUGAUGGUGUUGAAAUAUCACCAGAUUCUACUAAACCUACUUUUGAUAUGAAAACUCCACUGGCUAUCACUUCAGCUUAAUCUUUCCCUUCAGUUUCAUCUUCUUAAUCAAUACUAUCCAUUGUUUUAAUACCAGGAGCUAAAAGUAUUGAUAAUGAAUUGCAUUUUCAAUUACCUUAAAUUUCAACUAGUGAUACUAACAAUUUUAAAUUGUUCAUCUAUAUCGAAGGGAUGAUAAGUGGUUCUGGAUCAUGUUCCAUUUCAGUUGCAGAAGGUUCCUCUGCAGGUACUCCUUUAUGUAAUGUGGCAAGCGCAGAUAAAUUAGAAAUUACUGAUAUUGAUCCAAGCUUGAUCUAAGCAGAAUUCUAUUUUAAAGUAUGGUAUGUAAAAAUUACUAAUCAUGGAUUACUUCCUGUUACAAUUUAAUUAGUAGACUCUUCAAAUACAGUACUCAAUAUAUUUACUGGUUCAGUGAUAGUAUAUGAGUAUUAAAUGGAAUCAUUAGGUGCCAGCUUUAAACAUAAUACAAAUGGAGGUGAAAGUAAUAUUAUUGAAAUAAGUUUCGAUCCACCAUCUAUUAGUAAUUUUAAUGGUUUUGAUGGAGAACUAUUUUUGGAUCUGUUAGGUUCCUUUACUUCAUUGCCAAGUACAAUCAUAAAAGAAUAAUGUGAUUAUUCUUCAGCUAUAAACAGUGAUUGUGAAUUUGUGCCUUCAUUUAGAUUGAAUUCAGCUGGAUCAGCAACUGCACAUAGAGAUCCGUUUAAUCCAAGAAUCAUCAUUAGCUAAUUUGAAUAAUAGAGUACUAGUAUUAAUAAUGUAAAAAUUUGGUUUUAAUAUAAAUAUUUUACUCCUACUAAAUGGAUUAAAACUAAAAUGUUUCAGUUUGGGUAUUAUGUUAAAGGAUAGGGUAAUAAUUAGAUCUAUAAAUUUGGAUAAAACUUUUUAUUAUAAUUGAAUGAAUUAGAUCCAACAGCUCCUACAUCUACAACUGGUACUUUGAGUUAUACUGGAUCUGCUUAAGUCGAUGGUAAUAUAUAAUCAAGUGUCAUUUAUACAUCAUAAAGUGAUAAUACAUUUGAUGCAGGGGACUUUGUAUCAAUUAAAUUGAUUGGAGGAUACACGGUUAAAUAUGGAACUUAUAAUACUAUGAAAAUACUUUCAUCAAUUGCUGGUUUGUCAUCCACUUCAACAUCUACAACUUUAGAUAGUACUCAUACUAUUUAAAGAAUGGCUUACUUUGAAGGAGUGAUUGGUUCUGGAUAACAAGAUUUAUAAUUUACUUUGAGUAAUAUUGAAUUACCAUAUUUCCCAACUGCAACCUUAACUGAUAUUGCAGCAAUUGUUCUCGUUUUAGAUGGUACAACUAGAGAGAUUAAAGAAAAAAUCACUUUGACUAAAUCAUCUGAUGCUAUUAGUCAAAGUUUUACAACUUGUUAAGCAGAACAAAUAGAUUCUAAAUCAUUUGCAUUUUCAUUCACUCUGCCUUCAAAUUUUAAAACAUUUAAUUUAAAUGGUUGUGUUUCUAGUGGAACAUGUUAUUAAUAUAUAGAAAUAACAACAACAAAUUCUGCUUAUAAUGAUGUUUGGCAAUAUGAGAUUACUUGUGGAUAAGGAUCAUCUCUACUAAAUUAAUAUAUACCUUAUAAUGGAUAUCCUCCAAAAUUUUAAUAAGUUACUACAAAUCCUUAUGGAAUGAGACUUUCAGAAUAUUUGGAGAUGAAUAGUAAUAGUUAAAUCUGUAUAAAAUAUAGAAAGAAGACUGCUGCAACUGCAGGAUCAACUAGUUUUACAAUUACAAUUUAUGAGAAAUAGUCUACUGCUGUACCAAUAGCAACUUGUACAGCACCAGCAAUAACAGUAGCAGCUGCAGCAUCUGGUCAUAAAUUAUCAGGUAUUGUUAAAUUACCAUUUGGAUUGCAAUUAUUUUAUGAUAAUUACAAAGCCUUAGUGAAGAAUGUAGAAAGAUAAAUAACAAUUGAAUUUUCAUUAUUGGCUGACUUAAAUUCAGAUGGUAACUUUACUAUAGAAAGUGAUAAUUUAGGAUUGGCUAAUUUUGACAUUACUAAAAGAUUGAAAUGCAUGUUUAAAGAGAAAGCUACAUAAUUAGUAAAACAUGUUCCAUCAUUAUGCAUAGUAGAUACUACAAAUAAAAGAAUAACGAUAGUUUAUAAUAUUGCAACACUAACAACUUUGAAUCCUAAAUUAGUAAAAGAUAAAGUAUACGAAUUAAUAAUAAAAUAUGAUCAAUUGAGCAUUAACUACUUAUCUGAACCAGCAUUAUAAGGAUAAUAUUAAUUGAAAUUUAAGUUUUUAGUUGGAACAACAGUUAAUAUCUAUUAAAUAUUGCCUUUCACAAUAUAUAAUAAUUAAGUAUCUGGAUUAGUGACUCAAACUUAUGUUGAUCAUAUAUCAGAGAGCACUAAUUUUUAUGUAAAAUAUAAAGCAACUCAAUCGUUAGCACAAUCUGAUUUUAUAGAUGUUUUAAUUCCAAUAAGAGAAGUACAAAACGAUGGAUCAUUAAAAAUUCUAAAUACUAAUAAACUUAACACUCUAUUGAACAAUGGAUAAAGAAUUGAAUGUUUAGACAAGACAGGAAAUUUAGGUACUUAUUAUAAAUGUUAUUUAUACUAUGGUAUAAGUGAUUUCUAAAGGCCAUAUUCAUUUGUUAGAAUGACUAAUUUUACAGGUAUCUCAAGUGGAUCAUCUGUAUCAUUUGUAAUUUAAAAUUUAGUAAAUCCUUCUACAACUGAUUUAAUAAUGGAUUAUGAAAUCAGAAUUAUUGGUUCUGAUUUAUUUGAAUACUCUUAUGCUUAUGCUGCUGCUUAUACUUUGCCUGUUUCUUCAGUUUCAUCUUCUACAUCUGGAACCUUAACAAUCACACCUCUUCCAUGUUUCUCUUAAAUUAAUUACUAAUAUUAAGUUACUUUGACCAGUAAUGCUGAUCCAAAUUAUGAAUCAAUUGUUAAAAUUAACUAUGAUCCUCUUAUUUGGGGAGAAGAUUAUACUAUUUUUGUAGCUAAUAUAGGUGGAACAUCAGCAAGAAUUGAUCCUCUAAAUUCUUAAAAUGUUUUUAUUGUAUUUCCAGCUGGUUAUUCUUCAGGUACCUCAAUAACUAUUACAAUUACUAAUGGUCUCUUUUAACCAAGUUAUGUUUUAACUAAAUCUCAUGUAGUCAAUGCUUAUUUUAUCAAUUAUUAAACUAAAGCAUUUGUUUAAAUUGCGACUACAACUUAAUCAGUUACAACUACCUAAGCUGAUAUUGCAACAUAUGGUACAGUAAGUAGUAAUUCUGAUUUAAUGAAAGACUUUUUAUCAGUCAUGACUAUUCCUGUAACUUUAUUAGGUUCAAUUAAACUUGAUUAUUAAUUUAGAAUUAUAUUCCCUACUGAUUAUAUUCUAAGUAAUGGAUAUUGCAGAGUUUUUGAUGAUCUCACUGGUGAUGAAUAUCCAAUUACAUGCUCGGAUAUAGAUCCUUAAACAAAAAAGAUUAUUUUUAAUUCUAAAAUUAAAGCAACUACUGCAUUUACUGUUAAAGUUUAAGUUUAAACUCCAACUUCAUCUGGAAGUAAAAGUAUUGAUGUGGAAUUUUAUGCAGAUAAUUUAGAUGCAUCUACUCUAUUAAUACAAUAAGAUACUUUGACAGCUCAAACUAUAAUCAAUUAUACAAAAAUGAGAUUAGCAAUGCCUUAUAUCAAAGCACCUUAAGUAUUAUUAUAAGAUGAGGAAAUUGGACCCAUUACUUUGACUGUUAAAUUAACAAGUGCAGUAACUAAAUAAACUGAUUUUGCCACAAUAGAUACUUCCAAUUUUAUGACUGUAACCAUUAAUCAACCAACAAAUUUAAAAAGAUUACAAUUUGCUUGUUUCUGGAAUAAUCUAGCUGCAAUGAAUUGUAAAAAUGGAGAUACUUCAGCUAAUUAUGAUAAAAUUACUAUCUAUGCUCCCUCAAACACAGAUUUUGCUUCAGGAGAUAAAGUAACUAUCAAAAUUGUUAUUUGGAGGCAUUAAGAAAUUGGACAAACAGAUUUCACUUAUAAAUGGCAUGAUAAUAGUAAUGAUUAAGUACCAUCAGCAUCUAUUAAAAAUAAAAUUGUAAAAAUUGGUUCUACAGAUUAUAAAAAAGAUGUAGUCUAUUAGAAUUAUAGAUUUGAUGAAAUAACUUUACCUUUGUUUUAAACAUAUAUUGCUGUACAUUAAGGAACAAUAAAUACUGAAACUGAUCUUACUGUAAGAUUUAGAUUGAGAAGAGGUUUAGCCUCAAAUUUAAAUACAAAUUGGGGUUAAAUAAUUCUUAAACUACCAACUAUGGAUGAUUUUGAUGAUCUUUAAACACAGUUUCCUAAUGGUUUAGGUAGAUUCACCAAGAAUGCCUAAGAAAUCGAUUGUUUCUGUAGUACAUGUCCUCAAAUCAGUAAUAUUGAUCCAUUAGAACCAUUUUUCAAAUGUUAUGUCUAUUAAGGAUCUACCCAUAGAGUAGCACCAGUUGAAAUAUGGUUAAAUCCAUAAAGAGAUAUGUCAUCAUAAUAAGUGGUUGAAAUCUCUUUCCCUAAAAUAAAAUUACCAUCAACCUAAUAUACUUAUUCUAAAUUAUCAUUGCUAGCAUAUGAAUAUGCAUCAAGUACAAAAACUACUAGAAAUCAUUCAGAAAUAGUUCACUUUUAUACAUUCCAUACUAUUCCUGAUGCUUUUGCUACUUAUACUGCUGUAACUCCUCCAACAUUUACACUAAAUAAAGUUGGAGCAAUGUCUGGUGUAACAGCAACAGUUAAUAACCCUUAUGAUGAUCUGUUAGAUUAUUGUCAUGAUAGAUGGGUAUUGAGUACUGAAGAUGUUGAAACUAAGUUUGAGCACCCUUACAAUCCAGAAACUGGAACAUUAUUUUCAGAUGGUGGAAAUUAUCCUUAUAACUAUAUUGAAUACACUACAGCAACUAAUCACAUUGUCGUUAUUUAUAAAUUAGCCAAAUGGAUUACAUUUGUUCCUAAAGUUGUUUUAACCAAAUCCUCUACAUAAACUUUGACUAUUUAAAAAUUUAAAAACAUGCCAUAUAUGAUACCAAGUGGAGUCAAUUAUAAGAUGACAUUAUUCAUAGAGAUAGGAGUAAGAUCAUAUACUGAAUACAGUGUGUUUACAACAGCAUAAUAGUAUAGAUUAGCUUAUAAACCAUCAACAACAACAAAAUAGAUGUCAAUUGAUCCUAUUCCUGCUCCUGCUGAAACAGCAGCACCUUAGACAUAUGAAUUGAAGUUUUUGCCAUAUAAUAAAAUUCCAAAGAAUGGUAAGAUAAUUUUCACAUUUCCUCCUUUACCAAGUUAUGAUUGGGUGUUCAGUGAUUAAUAUUGUGUAGUUUCAUAAAAUUUGUAAGACAGUGGAUGUGACAUAAUUCCUGCUAGUAGAAUUAUUAUAAUUAAGGAUUGGUUGAAUGAUUAUGAUCCAAAUAUUGAUGGAUAUUUAAGUGUUAAAUUUGAUAUAGUAAAUCCAACAAAUGUUUAAACAUAAAUACCAUUUGUAUGGAGAACAUAUUGGGAUCAGAAUUAGGACACUUGGUUAAUAGAUGAAGAAACAUUCUUUGAGAGUACUCCAACAACAUAAAUUGUAUAAGGAGGUAAUUUGAUAGUGACUUUAUGGGAUCGUUUUUAACAUCCUUAUAUAAUAUGUGGAGGUCGAAAGGGACCAAUAAGAUUAAGAUUUAUUUUAAGAGAUUAAAAUUUGGUUUAUCCAGAUGAUUAUAUAGAAUUAUGGAUGUAAAAUACAUUUUGGCCGGUUUCAACAUAAAAAUAUAUAGUAUGUUAUUUUAAUGAUCCAAAUGAUUUUUAAUUAGUGAAUAUAAAAUCCCAUAGAUGUGAUUGGGAUGGAACAGGUGGUGGUAGAUUAAAAGUAUAUAUACCUGAAGAAAUAGAUAUUCAUGUAGGUGAUGAAUGGGAAUUAGUAAUAACAACAUUUGGAUAAUACAAUGGUGAUGGUUGGGUAGUAAGAUCUCCAUCAGAUUUAUAUUGGGUUACAUUUUUUGCAAUGAAGAAUGGCCUUAAUACAUUAGAUAAAGGAUGGUUUGAAGCAAAGAUACCAGGAUGUCCAUUUGAUAAUAAUGGAUUUGAUUGUUAAAGUGUAGGUUGGGAAGCAAGUACAGUAGGUGGUGAUCCAACUUGGACAAUUUUAAAUUUUACAGCUUAGACAGAAAAUAAUGCUAUUCCUGCAGGUGAUCCAGGUUUAUUAACUUAUUCAAGAUUGUUAUUUGAAUUUAUUACUCAUAAUGAAUUAGAAGAAUCAUGGCCUAUGGAUUUAACAAAUAGAAUGGGUGCUUCUAAUGAAAGAGCUUAAGUAGCAUGUAAUGGUAUGUAUAAAACAAAUGGUGCAAAUAGACCAUUACAACCUAAAGGUAAUACUUAUAUUGAAUGUUAUAAUGUUAAAGCAGAAAAUAAUAUAUGGAAUAAUACACCUUCUUAUAUAUUAGGAUAAUACUUUGAUGCAAUUGCCGCAUCAGAAAUAUUUCAUUUUUAAAUAGCAGAUUUUCGUAAUGGUUAUGUUUAAGGUGCAUUUUAACAUGUGAAAAUAUCAGUAGAAGUUAUAUAAGAAGAUGGUACAUUCUAUCCAUAAAAUGAGCAUUAUUGCUGGCAUUUACCUCCUUCUCUUUAUGCUCCCCCAUCUCCAUCUACAGCUUCAACAUCAACUUGGUCUGUUUAAAGAUCUUAAGUUGCUUUAACUUAAUAAUAAACAUACUUUGGAGAAAAUAGUUUAUCACGAUUUGAUACGAUUGUUUAUGAUUUCAAUUAUCCUUAUACAUUACCUAUGAAAGGAUAUUGUUUAUAAAGAAGAUAUAAUGCUAAUUUCUCUGAUGGUUAUUUAUCUCCAUGUACACCUUAGCAUUACAAUCAUUGGUGGGUUAUGAAUGCUGCUAUUCAAGAUCCUACUGUUAAAUGGUUUUAAAGAGAAUCUGGUAAUUUUGUAAAUCCUCCAUUCGUUUUUAAAUAAAAUAAUCCUUCAAGUAAUCCUACUACUUGGAAUUCUAUUAUUUAAGAAUCACCUUUAAGAAUAUAUAUAUGGAGUAAUAAUAGAUUAAUUAGUAAUCAAACAUUCUAAUAAAAUAGUGGUAAGAUAUCUCCUACUACUGGGUAAUUAUUUAUUGUUAGUUAAACUACUACUAAUGACAAUGCUAAAAAUACUAUGGUUAGACAUCAUAUUGGAUUACAUUUCCAAACUAUUACUUCAGCAAUGAAACAUAUUAGAUUAUGGGCACCUAAUGAUUAUUAAAAUAUUUAAGAUUGUAAAAUUAAUAGAGGAUUAGUAAGUAGAGAUCCUGCAGAUCUUGAUAAUAAAAUCACUUGUGUUAUUACGAAAUUACCUGCUCCUAUUGAUAGAUGGCUAAUUGAAAUUGAUAAUUUCUAAUCAUAUUAAGGACAUGGCGAAGAUUAAUGGAUGAUAAUUGAUUUUAAUUUAACUAAUCCCAUUUCUGAAAAAUGGACUGGAAGUUGGUAUGGUAAAACUUAUGAAAGUUCCACUAAUUUAUCAUAUGUAAUUGAUGAAUCUAAAGGAACUGAUGGCUAAACUUGGGUAGGAGAAUCUGUUAAAUAACCUAAUCUAUUUAGAGUAUGGAGAAAUACUAUCUCUUAUGAAAAUAGAAGAGCUUAAACUGAUGAUUAUGCUGAAGUUCAUAUGAGAGUCUUGCCUAGAACUAGUCAUCCUGCUACUACAGCAAAUUCUAAUACAGAAGUAUAAAUUUGGUUACCUCUUGCUUAUGAUCUAGCAAAUGGUGGAAAUCCACUUUGUUAAAUUAGUAAUGAAUAUCAUAAAGAUUUGGAUUCUGUUAAUUGCAAGAUUACCUCUGACAGAAAGAUAACUUUGAGCACUGAUAAUACUCAUGGAUUAAAACAAGAAUGCUCAAUGGUUACUGUUACUACAGAAAAUGCUAUAGGUGGAAAUGGUAUUAAAUUACCAUCUACACCAUAAGAUGAUACAUUUUAAGUGUUUAUAGAUUCAACUGAUUCUAGUGGAUUUGUAUAAAGAGAAUAUAAUUACAAUCAAGCAUAUGCAGUUCCAGAUCCAAUUACAUCAGCAACUGAUCCUACAUUUUCUAUAAAAUCUACUAUUCGAGAAGCUAACUAAUAUACAGUAAUUAAAGCUACUUUUACAGCUCCUCUUGAUAUUCCAGCUGGUUAUGAUACUUCAUCUCCAGGUUAAGAUCCUUUAAGUUCUCCUCCUAUAGGUACUUUAAGAUAUAAAUUCAAUACUAAAGAUUUUGUUAACAAUGGAUAUUCAGGAUUCCCAUUAAAUUUGGGUUAAUCAGGUACUGAUGUACUUUGUUAAGGUUUUGGAAAUCUAAAAGGUACUCUACAAUGUACAUUAAUUGCAUCUACUUAAGUAUCACCAGAUUAUCCAGCAAUAAUUGAAGUUAGAGGUUUUGAUUAUAUAGGUGCUGGAGAUUUAGUAGAAGUUCAUUUUUUGAACAUUAAAAAUGGUGGUUCUUAUUAAAAUAAAGGUAAUGUUACUUUAUCUGCAUACAAAACAAAAGGUGAUGGAACUAAAGUAGAAUUGAUUUAAGAUUCCACUGGUUUUGUACCAGUUUAUGAUCCAAACUGUUAUGGUAAUCUAUGUUAUAAAGUAUUUACAACAUGUCCAACAAUCCUUUUGGCUGAUAUUGACCCAAAUGUAGUAGGGGCAUUUAUGUAAAUGACUAUCAACUCCAUAGAUAUCAAUUGUACAAUACCAGCAACUGUAUAUUAACCACUUUAGGCAGGAGAUCAAGUUAUAUUGACAUUCCCAUAAGAAUUUGAAUUCCCAGCUGAAUCUAAUAAUGCUAUAUCUGCAAUAUGGGAUCUAAUCUAAAUGCAAACUAUCGUUUAUCCAUUAACGAGAGAAAUUUACUUUACUUUCCCUGCAGGAAUUGCGCCUCUUACAGGUUGUGCAUACACACUUAAAAUAUCUUAAUUGAGAGGUCCAGCCUAUUACUUUAAUACUCCUUAUAAUAUUAGAAUGAGAAUAGUAAAAUCAUAAUAUAGAAGAGUUGAUUGUUUUAUUAGUGGAGUACCUCCUCCUGAAGUUGCGAAACCAAGCACAUAAUCUAUGUUAUUAAGUAGUUAUUUUGCUGGUGAUAUAUUUGUUGAUUAUAAUUUCUAAUUUUCUCCUACUUAUAAAAUACCAGCUGGAGGUUCUAUUAAUAUUGCAUUUCCAAAUCGUGGAUUAUUAAAUUAUGGUCAUGUUACAUCUAGUAAUCCUCCUGCUGUUUGUAACUUACUUAAUUCUAUUUAUAUUACUACUUGUGUAUUGACUACUACUGGAAUCUAAGUUACUGUAGCAUAAGAUAUUCCUGCUUAAUAAGAAAUUAAAAUUAAUCUAAGUGGUGUUAAAAAUUCUGAUUAUUCUGGAUAAACAUUAAUAGAUGAUUAUCUUUUAACUAUGUAUCAUCCAAAUGGAUAGAAGAUUAAUGAAUAUGGAUUUUCACCAUUUUAAUUUUAUGCUAAAAAAAAUGUUGGUGUCAUUUAUAUGAAAUUAUCAAAUACUAAUAGCUUUUAAUCUGUUACAGCAUCUUAUACAUUUGUAAUUUAAAAUUCAUACACUGUUCCAGCAUCUGGAGAGAUAGUAUUAAAAAUGCCUAAAGAAUGGGCUUCUGUUGUAUCUUCUACAAUUACAUUAGCUAAAUUAAGUGCUUCAUGGACAAGUGAUGCUUUAUCAUAUACAUAUUCUAUUGAUUCUGGUUCAGAUAGUAAUAAUUAUUUACUAAGAAUCAAGAAUUAAUUUACUUGGCCUUAAGGAGGAUCUUUAACUCUCUUAAUGUUAAAAUUAAAAAAUCCUUCAUUUGAAAGUACCAAAAUAUUCUAAGCCUAAACUUUUUAUGAUAAUGUUUUACUUGAUUAAACAGAUCCUUUAGAUUCUUCAUUGAAAUUCACCUACAAACCUGAAGUUCCAUCACUUUAAAUAAACGAUUUUGUUAUGGAACCUUCAAAUGCAGGAGAAGUUUCAUCUUAUUCAUUAAAUAUGACUUCAAGUGGAAAUAUGACAAUAGGAAGUACGAUAUAAAUACAAUUUCCAACAGAUACUUAUCCUCCAGGAUUAACUAGAUAUGAUUUAUCAUUAAGUUGUAAUUUAUUGUUCAAAAAUGGAACAAAUGUAACUGUUCCAUGUUCUGCUGCUAAUUCAAAAUUAACUGUCAAUUUGAAUGCAAAUAUUGAUUAAAAUACAGAAUUUUCUCUUCAAGUAGUUGGUAUAACAAAUCCAAAUUAUGAUUCAACUGCAAUAAAAGGAUCUAUAGAUGUAUUAACAACAGAUUCAAACAAUAAUGUGUUAACAUAUAAUAGUGGAGCAGCUUAAAUAAAUCCAACUGUACCACCUUAGACUAUGAAAUUAGUGAAAUUAGAAACCUCUUCAACAAAUUUAUAAGUUAAAGCUGCAUAUACUUUGUGUAUUUAAACAGAUCUUAGCAUUCCAUUAGGUGCAUAAGUGUUUAUAGAUUUUCCUUAAUAAUUUACAUUUAAAUCAUCUUAAUACCCAUGUUAUAUAAGUUUAGAACAUAAUAAUGCUUUAUUGCCAUAUGACAAUUCAACUACAUCUCCAAAUUGUAAGAAUUCAAAUUCUUUAAGAAGAAUAGCAGUAUCUGGACAUACAGCUGCUUAUACAGGAGAUAAUAAGAAUCCUGCAUAAUUAUGUUAUAUAUUAGAUAAUAUUGAGAAUCCAAGUUCCCCUGGUCCAACUGAGAAUUUUGUUGUUAGUAUUUAUGAUACAUAGAAUAAAAAUGUAGUAGCUAAGACUUUUGGAACAUUAUCACCUAAUUCAACAUUAUCUUAUAGUUAAUAAGGAUUAGUUAUUACAGUUGAAAACAUAGAUCCAUUACCUAGAUAUCUAACAACAAAGCCUAUAAAAGUAACACUUUAAAGAUCAGUUAGUCAUACUGUUACAUUAACACCUUAAUCUACUGAAUUUAAAUUUAUCCCUCCAGAAUUAGUUUUCUUACCUGCAAAUGGACCAGAAAUGUAUUUCAAAAUAUAAGCAAUUGAUGAUGAUAUAACUCCUCUUGGACUUAAAUAAUUUAGUUGGCUUAAAGUAGAAUCAGCAACUGCUAAAUUUUCAGAAAUGGCUGAUUCAUUCUUCUAAUAUGUUGAUAAACCUACUGCUAAUUAAUUAUAUAUGACAAUUAAUCCAAGAGUUUUUAGAGUAGCAUUAGGUGGUACAUCAUUACCUAUGACUUUAACUCUAUCUUAACCAGCUGCAUAAGACUUAUUAGUUAAUUUUACUACUAUAAAUCCUUACCAAGAUAAUUCAUUAGUCUUUGAACCUAUUAAUGCUGCUGGAUAAGUUAAAUUCCCUGCUGGUACUACAUCUAUUUAACUUUAAUAUACUACUAAAUAAACUGCAUUAUCAGGUUAAAUCUCCUUUGAAAUUGUUGGCAAAUACAAUUCCUUAUAUACCAUACUUGAUAACAUUGUCAAUUUUGAAAUCCUAGAAACUGAUGAUAAAAUACCGGAAGUAGUUAAUUAUUAUGCUGUUAAUGUAAAAAGAACUAGUAUGUAUUUCAGAGCUAGUAUUGAUGAAAGUGUUACAUUAUAUUAUUACUUAACAUUAAAAGGAAAUCCAAAACCCACUAUGGAUUAAAUUAAAUCUUAAUAAAAACUCACUAAUGUAUUUACAUAGUUUGGAAAUAAUCAAAGUUUUAUUGCUCCUGUGACUACUGAUUAUAUUUAUAAUGAUGUCUAUCUAGAUCUUCAAGGAUUAACUGAAUAAACUGAUUAUAGUCUCUACUUCUUUGUUACAGAUUUAAGUGGUAAUAAUAAUACUGAAGUCAAAUAAUUUGAUUUUACUACAGCAACCAAAUAUUAGCCAGCCUAAUUUUAGAUUACUUUGAGUAAAAAUGUAGAUAUUGAAAAACUAUUAAGUGCUUUCGGAUUAGUAACUGGAUUACCUUCUAGUAGUUUUUAGACUAUAAACAAUCCCAAAAAAUAUACUAUUGAUGGUGAAUUGGAUACUGAUGUUUAAGAAAUUUUAGAUUCUUAAACUGUCACUUAUAGUUUCCAAAUUAAUCCUGAUCCAACUAUUGGUGGUUUAUCACCAUAUGAAUAUAUUAGAUUAAUCUAACAAAAUUUAGAUCUCCUAUAAUCAGAAAUUCCAGAAGUUGUAGAUUAAAAUAUUUUCAAUACCGCUUGGGAAUAUUUUGAAUAUCCUUAAGAAUUUAAAUAUAAUCCCAUUAAGAUUAAUGUGACAGAAGAUACUGUUUAUUUUAAUGUCUCACUUAGAUACACUGGUAAUUUAUAUACUCUUGUAUUACCAGCUGAUGCACCUGCACCUUCAUCUAAACAAGUAUCUAUGGGACUCAAUUCAACUAAUUAUCCAGUUUAAAAAGUAUAAUUAUUAUUCAUAUUCUUUAGGAAUGGGUGUAUAAAGUUAGAUUCUAAUAUAGUAAUAAAACUAGCACUGAUGAUUAAAGACUUUAUGCAAUUUUCAAAUACACUCUUCUUUUUGAUAAUUCUUAUUACAAAGCCUAUUUUACUGCAGAUAAUAAUUUAAUUAACAAUCCAGAUUUAAUGACCAGUAAUUAUUUAUCUUAUAUCAUUAGAUGAAUAAAUGAAAUCAAUAGAAUUUAAAACAAAAAGAGAAAUUGUUAUAAUUCCUAAGAAAUAUUUGGAAUCAAGUUUGCUAUCAAUAAUUAUGAUGAUAAUCUUUAUCUUAGGAUGAAUGAUGAUAUGAUCAAUAUAUAUAAUCAAAU